GCGUGUGGGCACACAAGUCAUUCAUGCUUUAAAAACAGAGCUAUAUGUGCAGUCGGGAAUCGAAUAUACACACCAAGAAAAUACAUUUCCGCUAUCGAAAAGCUAAACACAAAAAUGCACUUUGGUCUUUUUUUCCUUGUUGUUCUACUGCAUUUUUCCUGGGGGUUAAAACAGCUAGAGUCGACCACUCUAAGUUUUAAUACCGCCGACGCUAAUCACAGUAUUCUGAUGGCUGAAAACAUUACAAUUGACCCAAAAUGUCAGAGUAAAUGCGGAAACCUUAGGGUACCAUAUCCGUUUGGAAUCGUAUCAAAGGGUCGCAACUGUUCUAUAGACCCCUCUUUUGAUAUUACGUGCAAUGAUUCUUUCAAUCCUCCCAAGGCCAUUAUACCAACUACUAAUAUUCAGGUGUAUGAUAUAUCCAACACUGAAUUAAGAGUAUCUACUUCUGUUUCUUAUAGGUGCUAUAAUCAGUCCGGCGCGGUUUUAACUAAGGAAUCACAGAAAGUUAGUUUAGCGGCAACUUCAUUCCUGUGUUCUGCCGCAAAUGUGUUUACAGUUGUUGGCUGUGAUGACUUUGCCAGCAUUUACAGAGAUCCAUCUUCCAUUUCACGUAAAGGAUGCAUGACAACAUGCGACAACGCUGAGGACGUCGAUAAAGACGAGUGCUUGGGCAAUGGCUGUUGUCAAACACCCGUCAAUCUUGAGAAGUUUUUCUCCUUCGGUCUUUCAAGCGAUUUUAACCAUAAAUAUAACGUCUCAUCAUUUAACCCCUGCGGUUAUGCAUUUUUGGGUGAGAAAGAUAAAUUCAAGUUUCGAGGUACAUCAGAUCUUAUUGAUCCAGCUUUCCUGGACAGGACUAAGGCUAAUGUUCCUAUAGUACUAGACUGGAUUAUUGGGGAUAAAAAUUGCACUGAAGCACGUAAAGACCCAGCUUCGUAUGCUUGCAAACAUGAAAAUACCGACUGUAUAAAUGGUAAUCAGUCUGGUGGAUAUCGCUGCAGUUGCAAAGAAGGUUAUCAGGGUAAUCCAUAUAUCAGUCCAGGAUGCCAAGAUAUAAAUGAAUGUGAACAACAUACACAUGGUUGCCAACAACACUGCAAUAAUACUCAGGGGAGUUUUAAUUGCUACUGCAACUCCGGGGACUCUAUUGAUGUUGAUGGCAAAAACUGCACUGCUAAUGCUAAUGGCUCGAACUCCCACGGGAUCAAGUUGGUAUUAGGUUUGGUAAUAUGUUGCCUUUUAGUAAUCAUUGGAAUGAACUGGCUGUACUGCAUCAUGAAGCAGAGAAAGCAUUCCCAAUUAAGAGAGAAAUUCUUUGAGCAGAACGGGGGCUUCAUCUUAAGACAGCAAAGUAUCUCUGGGGGAGGCAGUGUUGAGUCUACAAAACAUUUCACUUAUGAAGAAUUGAAGAAAGCGACCAACAACUAUGCUGCUGAUAGAAUAGUUGGCCAGGGUGGUUAUGGUAUAGUCUACAAAGGAAUUUUACCAGAUCAACGUAUAGUUGCAGUCAAACGAUCUAGAGUAUUGGAUACGAGUCAAAUAGAUCAAUUUAUUAACGAGGUCGUGAUUCUUGCACAAGUUAACCAUAGAAAUGUGGUCAAACUUCUAGGAUGUUGUUUAGAAUGUGAGGUACCUUUGUUGGUAUAUGAGUUUGUAUCGAAUGGCACUUUAUUUCAUCAUGUCCAUAGUACUCAUGGAGGCUUGUCAUGGUUAUCUUUGGACAAUCGUUUGAGAGUUGCUGCUGAAUCUGCUGGUGCCCUUGCGUAUCUUCAUUCAGAAGCUUCUAUGCCCAUUAUGCAUAGAGAUAUCAAAUUAGCCAACAUAUUACUCGACGAGAACUAUGUUGCCAAAAUAUCAGAUUUUGGAGCCUCGAGGUUGGUACCCAUGGAUCAAACUAAAGUGAUUACAUUAGUCCAAGGAACUUUAGGCUACUUGGACCCUGAAUACUUCCAUACAGGGGAACUAACCGACAAAAGUGACGUUUAUAGUUUUGGAGUGGUCCUUGCAGAGCUCUUAACCGGAAGAAAACCAAUUUGCCUGCAAAAUUCUGUCGAAGAGGAAAAAAAUUUGGCUACAUAUUUCAUUACCUCCAUCAAGGAGGACAGAUUGUUUCAAGUUUUAGAUCGUCGAGUAGUGAGAGAAGGAACGAGGGAUCAACUUCAAAACGCUGCCCAACUUGUGAAGAGGUGCCUUAACCUUAAUGGUGAGGAAAGACCAGCAAUGAAGGAAGUGGCCAUGGAAAUAGAGAACCUCAGGAAAUUCACUAAACAUCCUUGGGCUAAUCAACAUGGCACUGAAAAAACCACAAGCUUGAUAGUUCAUACAGAGAUUCAGCAUUCAGACCUCUAUGAAAUUCAGCUAAGUUCUCAUAUUGGGAAUAACUCCGAACAGUAUAGCUCAAGUACUGUGAGUUUGGUACAUGAGGCAACCAGCCCUCGUUGAGAUAUAUCUUCAACUCCAUGAGUUGUGUAAUUAUAUAUAUUCAUAAUUAAAUACAUGCAUGUGUACUACUGCUACUGGUCAGUAGCUUCGGUUGUUGAGCCUCGUGCAAUUAGUUAGGUUGUGGUCUUCCUGUGUUGUUCCAAGUCGGUCGUACUCUCUCCAUUUCAAAAUGUACGACGUUUUGAUUUUUUGCACGUAGUUUAAAAUUUUUUGACCAUGUACUUAUAUUUAUUA